CGGACACAGUAGAGAUGACUGCACAGCUGCUGGAGAAGAUGUCUACGCUACCCGGCCUGAAGGAGCUGCGCAUGUACGAUGUGUCUAUGAAUGUCGACGUGAUGAGCUCCCUGCUGUUAGUUGGGGACAUCCUACAGGCACGGCGCUUUCCGGUCUUGGAAUGUCUGCAGCUUGACGUCGUGGACCUGCCUCUCGCAGCCGCCGUCAUAAAGGUGUUCCGUUUGGCACCCCUUGUUCGGGUCUGUGUCAACGUGGGCCUCGAUUCCGACCUCGAACGCGAGUCAUUCGGAGACUGGUUCAGAGAACUUGUCGAGAACUGCCCUCACAUCAAGCAUAUCAAGCUAUUCUUCAUAGACGGCCAUACCUACGAUUGGAUUCAGGAGGGCGCACGGAGCAAAGACUUCCUUUCGCUAUCGGACUUCGCACCAUUACUUUCCUGCAGCGACCUGGAGACGCUCGAGGUGGAUAUCCCCGUGGCCUUCGACCUCGACAAUGCCGCUAUCGGAGAGAUGGCUCAGAAGUGGCCGCAUCUGCGCCGGCUCCGACUCGGGUCGUCGUUGGGGUGGGGGCACAAACCCUCGACGACCCUCGACGCGCUCGUGCACUUUGCCAAACAUUGUCCUCACCUGGAGUACCUCGCCCUCGCCUUCAAUGCGACCUCUGCUCCUGUGUCUGCCGCAGGGAACGCCAAUCUCCCAGUCCUUAGUCUGAAGGAGCUGUGCGUUGGCGACUCCCCGAUUAGUAAACCUGGCACAAUCGCCAAGUUCCUCUCGAAACUUUGCCCGAGGCUGACCCAAGUUUCGGCUUCUGGGGAUCCCGGUUUUAAGUCUGCUAGACGGUGGGACGAAGUGCAGCGUAUGCUCGCUUCGCCUUCACGGCAAGACUCCGACGCCAUUGACAAGAAACCAAGCAUUGUAGGCAAGAAAUCUAGGUCGCAGAGAAGCCGACGCAAGGCUUCAUGAGAACAAAUUUAUUCGAGCUCGAUAUUGAGAUCAGGACGGACCCUACAGCAUGGCGACACUGCCGCUUUCGCAAGCAACGAUAACAUGUAUCCACGUCAUCGUACUGCGUUAUAUAUCCAUUAACUGAUUCCGCUUGCUGC